AGUGGCAAGCAUGAAUGUGAGAAUUACUUUGAGCACAACGAAUAUAUUGACAUUAUCCUCAACGAUGUUUUGAACAAUGCUGGCGAUCGUCGAAUCGUAUUUUCAUCGUUUGAUCCCGACUGCUGUGCCAUGUUGGCGGCAAAACAGCACCUCUAUCCAGUAUUAUUUCUUUGUGUGGGUGUCACAACACGUUAUGAGCCGUUCGUGGAUCUGCGCUCAUCUACUUCCGAUGCCGCUGUUAACUUUGCCACUUGCAUUGAUAUUUUGGGUGUAAAUUUCCAUACCGAGGAUUUGUUACGAGAUCCAUCUCCAAUACAGCGUGCGCGAGAAUUUGGUCUCAUUUCGUUUGUUUGGGGUGAUGACCUUGACAACAGGGAGAAUAUUGAUUAUUUCAAAAAAGUUCUCCGAGUAGAUGGCCUCAUCUAUGACAGGUUUUUUAUUCAUUUUAUGCCCUUUGUGCUCUUUUUCUUCUCCUUGCAAUUUGUAAGCAUUGGGCAGUUCCAUGCUCUUAUUGGUGUGAAAGCUUCCGAGUUGCCUCGAUUUUUGGUUGGAAUGGGAGUUCUUGGGACUGAUCCCGAGUGUAUUUCUAGAGUUUGCUUCGUGAAGGUUUAG